GCAGCUUUCCUAAUACGCCACCCCGGCUCGCGGGGUUCCCGCAUUCCCGCGGACAGCGGACCCACGCGGACCGAACAUGCUCAGGGCUGUGUUGGGCGUGGCGCUCUUCUGCCUGGGCGCCUUGUGCUACGCGCUGCUGGGGAUCUUGUCGCAGCUGUCCAAGUCCCCGGAUGGCUCCUAUGGCUAUUCCCUGCCGAGCGUGGUGCUCCUGGCGGAAUUCACCAAGCUUUGUUUUAGUGUCGGCUUCUUGCUGGCGGAGGAUUUGUCCCCGCAGCAGGCGCUGAAGGACGUUGUGGGCAAAUCCGGAUGGUCAUGGCUAGCCUUCGCCCUCCCAUCAGUGCUCUAUUCGCUGAACAACAACCUGGACAUGCUGAACAAUCAGCACAUGGACCCGGCUACGGAGCAGGUUCUGGUCCAGGGCAAGAUCCUGACCACCGGCCUUGUGUGGUGGUGGGUCUUUGGACAUACCCUCGGCCCGCGGAAGUGGUGCAGCUUGGUGCUCCUGUUUGCAGGCACUGUGUCUGCGGGAUGGCCUCGCGAGAGUGAAGGUAAGAGGGAGCAUAUGCACAUCGACACGGUGGGAGUCUUCCUGGUGAUGAUCUACGUUUGGGUGAGCGCGUCCGCGGGGGUCUAUAACGAGUGGCUGUACAAAGGCGUGGGCAAGGACGAGAGCAUCCACGUGUGCAACAUCCGCUUGUACAUCAUCGGCUGUGCUGUGAACCUUGCAGCGCAUCUCGCUCAUCACCCCCUGGGUAGUCUCCUCACUUUGACUGCGGGAUACAACCGCUACUGCUGGGCCCUGGUUGCCACUUACUCCCUCAUGGGACUCCUCAUUGCGCAGGUCAUGAAGUUCUUUGACAGCAUCGUGAAGCUGUUCAUCUCCGGGUCUUCCAUGUACGUCUCCGCGGUGCUGUCCUGGGCCAUCUUCGGCUAUGCGCCCACCUGGAACUUUCUGGCCGGCAUGGCACUGGUCACAGUUGCCAUGGCCCUGUUCAACUUCGAGCGCAUUGAGGCAUUGCUGAAGGCUAAGACGGCCUGAGGCUAAGCCAAAAGGAUCCCUCGGGCGCCCCGGGGCCCCGACCGCCGGGCAACGAUUGCGCGCCGAUUCCGAGCGAUCGGAG